AUGGUCAUCACCGUCGGAAUCGCGGUAAUCACAGGCAAAUUCGCCCGGCUGGUUAUGAAGCACCUUCUCGCAUCACAAGAGGUCAGUAUCCGGGGCUUCUGCCGUAAUCCCAGCAAGCUACCCGAGCACCUGCUCAACUCUUCCCGGGUGACCAUCAUCUCGGGAGAUGCCGACGACCUGGAUACGUUGCGCCAGACAGAAGCUCCUCGUCGAUGCGUGCGAGCUCGAGUCUGUGCCUCGGUACAUCGCCUUGACUACACGAAGCUGGAAUAUGGCCAGCAUCCGGCUAAGGAUCCUAUGAAGCAUGUAAAAGCAUACUUGGAGACCAAGAAGAACGUCAAGGGUGUCCACGUGCUCAUCGGUGCCUUUAUGGAGACUUUCUGGAGUGGAUAUUUCGGCCUCUUCGAUUCUAAAGAUUACAAGUUCUCCUUCUAUGGGACAGGAGAUGAGAUCUGGGAGUCUACCACGUAUGGCACCGCGGCGCAGUAUGUCGCUGCAGUAGCGCUGGAUCGCAAUGCGGUAGGGUUGCUUCACUUCCUCGGAGAUCGCAAAACCACUCGCCAGAUUGCGGAUGAAUUCGCCGAAGUGUAUGGCAAGAGAGCUAAGUUGGAGCGAAAAGGCUCCUUGGAUGAUCUUUAUAAUACCAUGCAAGCCGCCCUCAAGAAAGAUCCUUCGGAUAUCUACUCAUACCUCGCUCUGUUCUACCAAUAUUACUGCACGAAUGGUCAGACGUACCUGAAGAAGGAGCAGGACAAUGCCAGGUACCCAAGUGUGAAACCGAUCUCGUUUAAAGACUUCAUGCAGACACUCGAAAUCGAUGAACUAAACGUUGCGUAUCAGAAUCUGGGAUUGGAAUCCUGA